AUGGACCCGCCUGCGGGAGCAGGAGGCCUAGCCCAGACUGGCCGAUCUCUGAGAACAGGACCCCAGACAGAAACAGGGGAAGUUAACGGGGUGGACCGGGAGGGUCUGCGCCGCUGGUCGAGCCAGCUGCCCGAGCGGAGGGGGUUCGUGGCAGCGAGGGGCCCGGGGCGCCUCACAUCCCGCCCGCCCGCCCGCGCACCUCAGUCAGCUCCGGGCGCCGCGCGGGCCAUGCUUGCCGCUGCCGCCGCCGCCGCCGCCUGUGCAGAGAAAGCCGCCGCCGCAGCCAGCGUCCGGACCCGUUAG